UAACAAUAGCACCUAUAAUGGCCAAAGUAGAAAGCCAAGCUGACCACAAUAAGCACUUUAAGUUGUAUAAAUGAAUGCGUCUUUUGUGAUGUAAAAGCCCUAAUGCUAAGAUCAUAGCAAAAUCUAAGAGAAAAAGUUGCCUUCAAGACGUAGUUCAAGCAGACUCCUUUAUCGAGAAAGGAGAGUUUACACCAGUUCGACUGAAAGGGAACAAAAAUCAGAUGCAACCUAUUGGAAUUUUGAAAUAAACCUGACCAGCAAAGAAGAGACUCUAGGCUACAAAUCUCUUCACAUUCUGAGAUCAGUAACUUUAUGCCCAACUCUCCAAGUGUAGAAAGACCUCUCACUGGGAUGUCGCUACUGAAUUCGAGGGAGUCUUCCUUCAAGUGGGGUUAUCAACAAGCUUUUAAGAAAGUAAUGGUGGCAGCUUUAAAUAAUGAAGGUGGAGUUCAGAAGACUAAGAAAAAGAAGUUAACUUUAAUAGCUCCAGAUCACAACUUCCUUCAAUUCUUUGAACUCGGUUCUCCUCAAGUGAUGACCCCUUCAAAGAACAAGAUUGAGAAAAUUUUAGAAAAGAGUUGAUCAGAAAGUGAUAGCUCCACUCCACAAUCUAAAACUGGUCAAUCUGAUUCCUAAACAUUAACUUUAGAAUUCAUCUGAA